AGACACAUAAUGUCAGCCGCCAUCCAGUCCGCGAUCGGCGCUGCCGUCGGCUUCGCCGCCCUCGAGGCGCUCGAUACUGUCGUCAAGCCAUUGGGCUACGGCUCCAGCAUGUGUCCACCGCUCGGCGCGACCGCCGUACUCCUCUUCUGUCUCGCCAAGGCGCCCGCCUCCUCGCCGUUUGCCGUGCUUGGAGGCUACAUCGUCUCCUCGCUGGUCGCCCUCGCCGUCGUCACGUUCCUGCCGCCCGACUUUUGGUUCCUCGCAAAGGGCCUCGCCGUCUCGGGCGCCAUCGGCGGCAUGGCGCUAACCGGGACCGUUCAUCCUCCCGGUGGUGCUUACGCCUUCCUCUUUGUCGCCCAGAAGCUGCCCGCGCAGGCGAUCCCACCAGUGCUGCUCGGCGCGGCGGCGCUGAUUGUCGCCCAAAAGGUCGUCCAGGCCGUCGUCGCGGCGACCGUCGGACCCGAGCCCAAGGCCAAGACGAAGUGAGGCCUGAUGAGAUGUGAGGCUUACUGGCUCACAUGCGGCGGAUGCCUGUGUCCCUCGAAAGAGCCGCCUCCGGCCCUCCGCACCCUAUAGUCCCUAGUGGUGAGGCCCAAUCGGCCGUCUCGCACCUACGUUUGGCUCAGUACGUCGUGGCCCACUCUUGCAUAUCCGUGUUCGUCCAGAUAGCAGUUUGCAUCCAUGCACACACCUG